AUGGAAUGCUUGACCUGCAGGAAUGGCUCCAUGUUCACAUGGUGCAAUAAUCAGACUGAUGACCCGUUGUCCGUGAAAUUGGACCGUGCCAUGGGUAAUACUAAAUGGAGAGAGGCUUACCCGAAUGCUUUUGCAGAGUUCGCACCACCUGGACACUCAGACCACACACCGUGUCUUAUCCGAUUUCCAGACACCCCACGCCAGCUAUGCAGUUCCUUGAAGCAGCUAAAGAGACCACUCCGAGCCUUAAAUAGCAAGAGAUUCUCGCAACUGUCUCAGAGGGUCCAGGAAGCACAAAUUUGCCUCAGCAGAACUCAGGACCGUGUCCUAAAUACCCCUACACCGGAAUUGAUAGCGGAAGAAAAGUCUCAGCGUCAAAAUUAUAUGAUUCUGGCUGCUGCGGAAGAGAGGUUCUAUCGCCAAAGAUCGAGAAUACAAUGGUUGAGAAUGGGAGACAAAAAUACUGCCUAUUUCCACCGAUGCACAUCAAGCCGAAUAGCAAGGAAUCACAUCCAUUACCUGGAAGAUGAGAAUGGCAACAGGCUGACCACUCUGACCCAGAUUAAAGCCCACGUGGUAUCCUUUUAUACUGGUUUGCUCGGAGUGCGAGAUACUAGUGUUAGAGUGCCUUCUAUUGCUUGGUUGCAGGAACUUAUACCAUACAGAUGGUCGGGGAGUUUGGAUCUCGAUGCUAUACCUACAGAUGAGGACAUUAAGAAUACGUUCUUCUCCCUUCCGGACAACAAAGCCCCGGGACCAGACGGAUACCCGAAGGAAUUUUACACAGAAAGCUGA